AUGGGAGGCAUCGGUGGCUUCGGAGCUACCAUGGGCGGCAUGGGUGGCAUGGGUGGCUUUGGAGCUACCAUGGAGACCAUGGGAGGCAUGGGUGGCUUCGGAGCUACCAUGAGAGGCAUGAGUUUUGCGUCUCUCAUGGGAGGCAUGGGAGCACCUCCGGGCGGCAUGGGCGGAAUGUCUUCCGGUGUGCCUCAUCACACACCUUCCGUUAAAGAUCUUGCCAACACCUUCCGAGCUCCACAUGAUGAUGCGGCGUGCGACAAUGAAGAGGAGGAGGAAGAAUCGUCUUCGGAUGAGAAAGAUGAAUCGGAGGAAGAGGAGGACGGAGACGAGGAUGAGUCAUGA